AUGACAUGGCAAAAACCCCGCGCCCGAGCUGCAGUGCUCCCCCCUCCUUCCCCUUUUGAUGCCGUGCGUCCUGAGGAUAAGGCACCAGACCUCAACGCUGGACCGCAGGGCGCCGCAAUCGGCUCAUUAUUGUGCACCUUGCUGGGUAAGCUGCAGGAUACGUCUCCCCUCGGCUGCAGUCAGUCGUGCAACCUGAUUCGAUCGCCCGUGGCUGCGUUACCCCAAGCCCGUCGCCAACCUUCCAACCACACGCUGGCUGCUGGCUGGCUGCAGAGGACCUCGCUAUCCCAUCCCAGCACCGCCGUCACCUCGCCACAGCCCACACCCUUCAUGUUUAUCUGGCGCACCGCACUGGGCCAGCCAGACGGGCGCCGGGGUUCGGCUCUGCAGGGUCGAGGUGUUCGGCCCUGCAUGCCCUGCCCUUCACCGCUAGAACCCAUGAACGAACCGGCCCACAUCCCACCCAGCGCCGGGCCCAAGAUACCGUACCGCCGCUGUGGUUAUACGUAG